AUGGCCGCGGCGGGGUCCCGGGAGCUCGGCUUCGGGGCGGGCGCCGCGUUCCCCGCGCCCCCGCCCGGCCCCGCCGCCCCGCCGCCCCCGCGCCCCGGCCCCUUCGCGGCCUUCCCGGGCGGGGACCCCGCGCCGCCCGCCCCGUCGCAGCGCCGCAAGCGCACGUCGUUCAGCGCCGAGCAGCUGCAGCUGCUGGAGCUCGUGUUCCGCCGGACCAUGUACCCCGACAUCCACCUGCGCGAGCGCCUGGCCGCGCUCACGCUGCUCCCCGAGUCCCGGAUCCAGGUGUGGUUCCAGAACAGACGUGCCAAGUCGCGGCGUCAGAGCGGGAAACCCUGUCAUCCCUCGGCCAGGCCGGAGCUGUUCCUCCUCCGCUCUGCUCAGGGGAGCGAAGCGAAAUGCCUAAAGCCCCAGCUGCCUCUUGAAACCGAUGGGACCUGCCCGCCCGAUCCCCACAGGCUGGGAGAGGGCAUCUCUGCCCCUCACUGCCAGGGUCAGCGUUUUGAAACCUAUUGCCCCCUCUCUGAAGGCCCCGGUUCAAAGCUGGACUCCUGGGAGGAACACAUCUUUUCUGCCUUUGGAAACUCUUGA